CUAAAUAAUUGUUCAGAUGUUACAUUUCACCUUUGUGCUCACGAAUGACGUGAGCCCUCAGGUCUGCCCCACCUCUCGUUUAGGCUACAGUAGGAGCCCCUGCGAGGGUAGACGUUCGACAUGGAGCCAGCUGGCAAUCAUGCUUGGAUUGUAGAUAGCCACAGAGCAGAACUCAUUCAGAAGGUUACCCUGGUGAUGCCUCUGGCUGACAGGCUGCAGUCACAGGGCAUGCUCCAUCCAGAGGCCUACUCAGAGAUCCACGCAGCCAAGACCAGCCAGGAGAAAAUGAGGGAGCUCUACAAAGUCCUGGACUCAGGAGGAGACAGAGUUAAAUCCGCCUUUUACUGUGUACUGAGAGACACCCAUCCCUAUAUGCUUGAAGACCUGGAGGGCCAGGCAAACAGGAACAGAAGGAAGCGUUUGCCCAGCCCUCCUCCUGCCCCCAAGGGGAAGAGAGGCAAGCACUCAGGCGAGGAGAGGAGAAGAGAGCAGACAGAUCCCCCAGAAUGGGCCACAGGACAGAGUCCCCUCUCUGCUGCUCCGGCUGUCAACAUCUCCGCUCAUGCAAGCCAUGUUUCAGCUCCAGUGAUGUCACAUAUGAGGGUUGGUGGGAGCGUCAGUGUGUCCAGCUACUUCUAUGGACUUGGAUCCCCAGGGCCACUAUCACAACAGAACCUCGAUCUGAGUGCCAUCAUCCUCAUGUACAGAGACUCAGUGUGCCCCAACUAUGAGACGGUGGAGGAGUAUAACUCCCUUCCUGGAGAGGAGGUGCUGCUGGAGGAGCGCUUCACGGAGCCCCACAUCGUCCAGAAGCACCGGGAGCAGAGCGAGAGGGAGAAGGAGGUGCGCAGCAGGGGGGAGACGUCCUUCGGCACCAGAGCCAGCCAGACGUACCGCUCCACCAGCAUAGAGCAGCUCUUCUGCCCCUUUGACCGCGGACGCGCCCCCAAAGCUGUCAUCCUGCAGGGGCACUCUGGCCACGGCAAAUCCUUCGCCGCCCAGAAGAUCAUGUACGACUGGGCGUGCGGCCGGCUCUACAGAGAACACUUUGACUUGGUGUUCCACCUCAGGUGUAAAGAGCUGAACCUGCUGACGGGAGAGAUGAGUAUGGUGGAGCUCCUGAGCCGCAGCUACAGGUUCACCCCCAUGAUCACGCAGGUGCUGCACCACCACCCCCACAGGGUGCUCUUCCUCAUAGACGGCUUCGACGAGCUCAGCUUGUCGCUGGACGGGGCGCACACGUUACCCCGCAGUGACCUGCUCAGCCCCGCCCCACUGGAGGACAACAUCAGCGCUCUGCUGAUGGGCAGGAUCCUGUCCGAGUCCUCCCUGCUGGUCACCACCAGGUCCACUGCUUCAGACAGACUGAGCAAGCUGCUCAAACGUCCACAGCGCUUCGCCGAGAUCCUGGGCUUCUCCGAGAGAGGAGUUAGGGAGUACUUCCAGCGUUUCUUUAAGGAGGAGGCAUUGUCUAAGAAGGCAUAUGAGUGUGUGAGGACCAAUGAGACCCUCUUCACUGCCUGCUUCAGCCCAGUCAUCUGCUGGAUCAUCUGCACAGUUUUCAGGGAGCAGUUUGAAGAAGGUGUGUUCAUGACCAAGGGGCUCGACACAAACACGUCCAUAUUUGUGUACUUUGUUUACACUCUGCUGGAGCAUCACUGCCAGAGCAUGGGUCAGCCUGGGAUAACUGUGAGGUUGCUGAGGAGCCUGGGUGAGCUUGCCGAGAGGGGGAUGCUGAAGCAGCAGGUCCUGUUUGAUGAGAAGAGCAUGUCCGUGGCCGUCUCUGACCCCGUCACUGGGCCCUUCCUCUGCAAGUUCCUGCUGAAGAAGAAAACCAUCCUGCAGACCAUGUUCAGCUUCAUGCACCUGAGCUUCCAGGAGUUCUUCACGGCACUCCACUACACCGUCACCCAGGAGGAGGAGACACACAGGAAGCUCGACCUUAUACUAGACUCCAUCCAUCAAGGUGUGAUAGUGAACCAGUCCCUCCUCACAGAGCCAUACAGCUACAACAGACACCUACUUCCUGUCCUUCAGUUUCUACUAGGCCUGGCCAACAGGAACAUUGAAAGCCCUCCUCUGGACAUGUACCCGUUACGUGUGUCUCCAGGCAUUCAGCACAAGCUGAAGGAGUGGAUUCUUAGAAUCAUUCAGGACAUGGUGGUCUCAAAGCAAGGCAGUCCCUCAGGGAAGAACCCAUGGGAGGAUGAUCUAAAGCUCUUCAUCCUGCACUGCCUGCACGAGCUGAAUGAAGACAGCUUUGUGGCCAGAGCCCUGGAGCUGUGGGAGAGUGUUGAGUUUACUGGCGUUCUCCUGAAGAGGGCCGACUGCUGGGUGCUACGCUACUGCCUGCUCUGCAGCCCGCGUGUCAGGGCCCUGCACCUCACAGACUGCAAUAUCACGCCAGAGACUCUGAGGAUGCUGCAGCCUGCACUGACCAGGGCCGAGGAGCUACGGUUGCAGGUAGUGCAGCUGUCAGACUCUGAUGUUGAUGAUUUGGUGCUCAGCCUUGGGGAGGAGAAACAUCUGACUAAACUAAGUGUAGUGGAGAGUCACCUGUCAGAGGAGAGUGUGCAGCAGGUCCUCAGUGCUCUCACCAGGCAGAAGUCUGUGGGUGCAGUUUCCCUCUCAGUGAAGACCAUCACCUCCCGCACUGCUGAAACUCUUCUACACUUCGUCCAAAACACACAAAUCACAGAGCUCAGUGUUGAGAUGCCUGAGUUGACCUCUGAUGACAAGGAGAACAUUUGCUCAUUCCUGUCUUUUGGAAAAGUUGACAGCAGCUUCAAGCUUACUGCGGCACACCAUCCUUCCUCUGCCCAUCCCUCCAACCCCCAAGCAGCUCUCUCCAACCCCCAGGAGGAGGCUGCUCUCUCCAGCCCCCAGGAGGAGGCAGCUCUCUCUAACCCCCAGGCAGCGGCAUCUCUCUCCAGCAUGAGCCUCACGCUGCCCCUCUCCUCUCAGCUCCAGCCCACUGACUGCACAGCCUUCCUCCACGCGCUGCACUCUGUCAGGGAGCGGGAUCAGCGCCACCCGUCUGGUGCAGACUCAGAGGAGCACCUGUCUCCCCUGGUGUCCUGCGUGGGCUCCUUGGCUGGUCUGAAGAAGGUGGAACUGGUUGUCGGCUGUCUGACCGUGAGCUGGGCCAACAGGAUCCUCUCCCUAAUGCAAGGCUGUCCCAGCCUGGAAGAGCUGCGGUUGAUAACUGGUCAGCGUAUUGGACAGAAUUUACCUGGAGAUGGUUUAUUACAUGAGGAAGGCCUCCAGUUGCUCCAGUUUUCACAGAAGUCUCCUGAUUGUGCUUUGAUACUUGUGGGGAGGAUGCAGAGUAGCCCCAGUGACUGUUGCACCAGUGGACAGCAGUGGGAGCAGAGCUGCAACCGGCCCGUGAUCAUCCAGAUUAAGGGUCAGACACGCUUGGAGAAGUCACGUACGCCCAUACACCAGCCGUCUACCUCCUGAGGCCCUGGCUCACAGAGGAGCUGUUCCCCGGCACCUCGGUCGCCUUUGCUGACAAUCGCUGGCUUUGCUGGCUUUGAUGAGCUUUACUAACAUUCCACACGCACAGGUACAGUAUGCUAGCUGGCAUCCGUUACCUUUACAAUACUGGGAACAGGUGGUCUCUUGUCACUACUGUCUAUUUUAUUUACUGCAAUAAAGUGAGAUCAAGCUCA